GCUUUUAUUUUGAAGGGCCACGAGUUCACAGGAAGUGGGCUUUGCUGUUCUUGUUUUGUUUCCGGGUCAUAAGGCCUUCUCCCGCUAAGCACGGUUAGCAUGAAGUUGCGCUCUCUAAAGGGAGAUUAAUCGUAAUAAAAACGCCUCAUGUGAUGUUUGUUUUCCUUCCCUGAGUCUUUAAUGAGGGUAACAUGUCCGGGUUUAAGGAUCUAAGAGAUUUAUUCAGACGGAGGCUCCUCGCUGCGGCCCGCAGAGACCUGGUGGAUCAGACUACCCCGGCCGGCUACGAAGAGGAGCUCCAGAGACAAAGAGAGCUGCUGGGUGUGAUCCUAACACCUGAGAUAAAACUGCAGAGAGCAGUGUUUCCUGCUGACAUUCGGCUGCUGCCAGUGAGUAAAGAGGAGUCUCCCGAGCAGCAGGAGUGGAGCCCCAGUCUGCACCAGGAGGACACAAAGCCCCCUCAAAUUAAAGAGGAACAGGAAGAACUCUGUAUCAGUCAGGAGGGGGAGCAGCAUCAAGGACUGGAGGAGGCUGAUACCACCAAGUUCCCAUUCAUUGUUGUCACUGUGAAGACUGAAGAUGAUGAAGAGAAGCCUCAGUCCUCACGGCUUCAAGAACACACUGAACAGGUGGAAAGAUGGGUUUAUGGGGAGGACUUUGGAUGUUCAGAACAGGCCAGGAACUCAGAUCUGGAAGGACAUUUACAAUCAGAGACUGAUAUAAAUGGAGAGUCAUCUGAAUCGGACACUGAAUACAGCGAUGAUGACAGUACAAUACAAAAUCAGCGAGGUGUAAACGCUCAGGAAAACAUAGAUGAUAACAGACCAAGUAUGAACACUGAAGAAAGGUAUCAGGUUGAACAUGUGAGUCCUAACACAGAAGGGAAACGCUUCAGCUGCUUCAAGUGUGGUAAAAGAUUUGCCAGAAAAGAAACUCUGACAAACCAUAUAAAAAUCCACAUGGGAUGGAAACCCUUCAGCUGCUCUGAGUGUGGAAAAAAAUACCUGAAGAAGUCUUACCUGACAGCUCACAUGGAACAUCACACGGUCGACAAACCCUUCAGCUGCUCUGUGUGUGAUAAAAGAUUCAGCUACGAAGAGAAUCUGUCUGAGCACAUGAGGGUUCACACCAAAGAGAAAACCUUCAGCUGCUCUGAGUGUGGGAAAAGAUUUUACCGGAAGUCCGGUCUGACGGCUCACAUGGAACAUCACAAUCGAGAGAAACCCUUCAGCUGCUCGGAGUGUGACAAAAAAUUCACCCUGGAGGUGAAUCUGACCCGGCACAUGAUCAUCCACACCAAGGAGAAGCUCUUCAGCUGCUCCGUGUGUGAGAAAACAUUCACCUACAACUCUGCUCUGACCGCUCACAUGGCGUAUCAUAGAGAAGAGAAACCCUUCGGCUGCUCUGAGUGCAACAAAAGAUUUACCCAGAAAGCUUUUCUGAUCAACCACAUGAGGCAUCACACGGGAGAGAAACCAUUCGAAUGCCCCGAGUGCGGCAAAAGAUUCAACCACAAAGGAAACAUGACCAAGCACAUGGUCGUUCACGCAGGAGAGAAACCCUUCGGAUGCCCCGAGUGUGGCAAUAGAUUCACCCUGAAAGAAAGUCUGAGAGAUCACAUGAGACUCCACACGGGAGAGAAACCCUUCAAAUGCCCAGAAUGUGGUAAAAGAUUUAACCAUAAAGGAAAUAUGACGAAACACAUGGUCGUUCACUCGGGGGAGAAACCCUUCUGCUGCCCCGAGUGUGGGAAAAGAUUUAACCACAAAGGAAAUAUAACCAAACACAUGGCCGUUCACAUGGAAGACAAAUCCUUCUCCUGCUCCGUGUGCGGUAAAAGAUACAAACACAAGUGUACUCUGUCGGCUCACAUGGCACACCACAGUCAGGAGAAACCCUUUGUCUGUAGUGUCUGUGGCAAAAGAUUCCCUUUGCCUUCUUUGUUGAAAAAACACAAGUGCCGCCUCCUUAGCUCGGCGGCUAAAUCGCAGGCGCCGCGUGAAGAGGCUAUCGUCCUGGAAGUGGACAGCCAGGUUUCUAAUCCGACCGGCGACCCUUUGGCGAAUGUCAUUCCUUACUCUGUGUCCUUUCUCAAACAGGAAGAUUAAAAACUUAACUAUGGUCUGAAACAGAAGCACACUAAGAGGACAUUUUGGGUCCUGUCUUUCACGCCUCUGCAGAGGAGUCAGAUGUAAGUAAAAUGACGCCCAACUUCCUGAAGUUUGUCCUGCAUUUAACAAUGCAACUCUUCUAAUUGAACUGUACAUUUGGAAAUAAAUAAACCUGACUUUUAAACGUCA